CUCACUAUAUAGCCUUGACCAGUCUGGAACUCACUACCUAGACCAGGCUGCUCCGGACUCAGACAUCUGUCUGCCUCUGCCUUCCUAGUGCUGAGAUUAAAAGUCUUCUGCUGCAUAGCCUCUCCCAGGAAGCCAUCAGGGUCCACACCAACUUGUCAGAGGUCUGUGGCUCUGCCCUGUGGUUUUUCCAGUCCGUCUGAGUGUCCGGUGCCCUCGUCCCUCAGGUAGAGAGAGGCCUCACCACGAUGUGGCAUGAGGCUCGGAAGCAUGAGCGGAAACUCCGAGGCAUGAUGGUGGAUUACAAGAAGAGGGCGGAGCGGCGCCGGGAGUACUAUGAGAAGAUCAAGAAAGAUCCCGCCCAGUUCCUGCAGGUGCAUGGCCGCGCCUGCAAGGUUCACCUGGAUUCUGCCGUUGCCCUGGCUGCUGAGAGCCCUGUGAACAUGAUGCCUUGGCAAGGGGAUACCAACAACAUGAUUGACCGCUUUGAUGUUCGCGCACAUCUAGACCACAUCCCCGACUACACCCCCCCACUGCUCACCACCAUCUCCCCGGAGCAGGAGUCGGAUGAACGGAAAUGUAACUACGAGCGGUACCGAGGCCUGGUGCAGAACGACUUCGCCGGCAUCUCUGAGGAACAGUGCUUGUAUCAGAUCUACAUUGAUGAACUGUAUGGAGGCCUCCAGAGACCCAGCGAGGAUGAGAAGAAGAAGCUGGCAGAGAAGAAGGCUUCCAUUGGCUAUACCUAUGAAGAUAGUACUGUGGCCGAGGUAGAGAAGGUGGCCGAGAAAACAGAGGAGGAGGAGUCACCAGCUGAGGAGGAGAGCAAUUCGGAUGAAGAUGAGGUCAUCCCCGACAUCGACGUGGAGGUGGAUGUGGAUGAGCUAAACCAGGAGCAGGUGGCUGAUCUCAAUAAGCAGGCCACAACCUAUGGCAUGGCUGAUGGAGACUUUGUCAGGAUGCUACGGAAAGACAAGGAGGAGGCAGAGGCCAUCAAACAUGCCAAGGCCCUGGAGGAGGAAAAAGCCAUGUACUCGGGCCGUCGUUCCCGGCGACAGCGAAGAGAGUUCAGAGAGAAGCGGCUGAGGGGCCGCAAGAUCAGCCCUCCCAGUUAUGCCCGCCGAGACAGCCCCACCUAUGACCCCUAUAAACGGUCACCUUCGGAAUCCAGCUCUGAGUCCCGCUCCCGCUCUCGCUCCCCGAGCCCAGGCCGCGAGGAAAAGAUCACUUUCAUCACCAGUUUUGGGGGCAGCGAUGAGGAGGCAGCUGCUGCGGCCGCCGCGGCUGCCGCAUCGGGGGCCACCCCCGGGAAGCCCCUUGCACCCCCCCAGCCCGGCGGCCCCACUCCAGGCCGCAAUGCCAGUGCCCGGUCGGUAACGCUUGUGGGCACCCAAGCCGGUUCCCGGGGGGUGGGGGGGUGGGGAGUUCCUCUAAGGGCAGUGGUGCUGAUGGCGCCGCGCUCCCACAGCCGCCGCUCCUCCUCGUCCUCCGCCUCCAGGACGUCCAGCUCUCGCUCCAGUUCGCGCUCCAGCUCGCGCUCACGCCGUGGCUACUACCGGUCUGGCCGCCAUGCGCGCUCCCGCUCGCGUUCCUGGUCCCGCUCUCGCUCCCGCUCCCGGCGCUAUUCGCGCUCCCGUAGUCGCGGACGGCGGCACUCCGAAGGCGGUUCCCGAGACGGACGCCGCUACUCGCGCUCGCCAGCCCGGCGUGGCGGGUAUGCGCCUCGCCGCAGAAGCAGGAGCCGCUCCCGUUCAGGUGACCGCUCUAAGCGGGGUGCCCGCGGUCCCAGGCACCACAGCAGCAGUCGUAGCCGCAGCAGCUGGUCCCUCAGCCCUUCCCGAAGCCGCAGCCUGACCCCUAGUGGAAGCCGAAGCCAGAGCCGCAGCAGAAGCCGCAGCCGCAGCCAAAGCCACAGUCACUCGCCAUCGCCCCCAAGGGAGAAGCUGACCAGGCCAGCAGCGUCCCCUGCUGUGGGCGAGAAGCUGAAAAAGACCGAACCUGCCGCUGGUAAAGAGACAGGAGCUGCCAAACCCAAGCUGACCCCACAGGAGAGGCUGAAGCUGCGGAUGCAGAAGGCUCUGAAUCGCCAGUUCAAGGCGGAUAAGAAGGCUGCUCAGGAGAAGAUGAUACAGCAGGAGCAUGAGCGCCAGGAGCGUGAGGAUGAGCUGCGCGCCAUGGCCCGAAAGAUCAGAAUGAAGUUGCCUCCCCUCUCCCCCUGUAGGGAGCGAGAGCGACGAGAGAAGGAGAGAGAAGAGUGGGAACGCCAGUACAGCCGCCAGAGUCGCUCACCCUCUCCACGCUACAGUCGAGAGUACAGUUCUUCUCGAAGGCGCUCGAGGUCCAGGUCCCGAAGCCCCCAUUACAGGCAUUAGGCAGAAGACUGAGUGGGGGCUGCGAUGCCCUGGGUUUCUGUAGUGAAAUAAAAGCUAACAUUAUUUAAU